AUGGAACAAAAUAAUCUACCAGUAAUUGCUAGGAGAAUAUGGAGUAUAGUACGUGUAGCUUUCUUCAUGCUAAAAAAGGGCAUUUCAAAGCGGAAGCUCCUACUCGACCUCAACAUGAUGAUGAAGCGUGGCAAACUCGCCAGCAAAGCCCUAAGCAACCUCAUGUUCCACCAUCAUCAUCACAACCACUACCACCCCCACUACAGCAGCACCACCUCUUCUGCCGCCCCACAAGAGUAUGAGUUCAGCUGCAGCAACACCCCCAACUACCCUUUUCACCUCAUGGGCAAGCGCCGCCACCACAACAAUCGCAACAACUUUUUCACAUGUGCUCACGCGCAGCUAACUCAGGAUGAUGAGAUGGCGACCGCAGGUGCCGUUAAGGCGGUUAUGGAGAUGUUGAAUAAUGAUUUGUUGGCUGUGGAGACGGUGGCAUCCGUGGCAGCAUCACCGGUGCUUCCCGGGUUUGGAAAGAGCCCUAUGGUCCGCCAACUAAGGAUAACGGACUCACCAUUUCCUUUGAGGGAGGCCGAUGAGGAUAGCCACGUAGAUAAAGCGGCGGAGGAGUUUAUAGAGAAGUUUUAUAAGAAUUUGUGGCAGCAGAGGAGAAUGCAUGAGUAA